CUGGAUCCAACUCCACCCCCUGGAUCUCGUGUAGGGCAGGCUAUGCUGCUGGGGAGAGUUUGCGGUUUAGUUGGUCAACUGGCUUAUCUAAAUAUAUUCAUACCAAUAUGACACUCAAACACAUAUAUUUUUAACAGUUUUAAAUAUUUUAAAAUUAGAACACGUUGUUAAUAUUGGUUUAUUUAGACUGAAACUGUGUACUCUGUAAAAUACAAGACUAAAAUCGAAUUCAAACGUUGCGCGAUCAAACCAUCCACUUGUCCAAAUUCAAAUUGUGGCCUAAAUCUGUAGCCUACGCUCCUACCCCUCGGGGCAAUGGGGUUAAUCUAGUCUGUCGGUCAAGAGCUUAUUACAACCAGUCUGAUGAUUAGACUAUAACCCAACACCAACUCUGCUGUCAGUACGUUAACAUUAAAGGACAUUGCGCGGUUAAUGACAAAUUUCAAGGAUAGCAAGAAUGAGAAACUUAAUAUUUACAGCGCUUCUUUCGGUCAUUGCUGUGGUGGUGUCAGGUUACGUGGAGGAACUGGAUGACAAGUUUAAGGAAAACCGACAGGGUGAACUCUGGCUGGUGGAGUUUUAUGCUCCAUGGUGCGCAUACUGUCACACAUUUGAGCCUAUAUGGUAUGAAGUCGGUGCAGAGCUGAAGAGUUUGGGCUCUCCUGUUAAUGUGGGCAAGAUGGAUACCACAGAGCACACAAGCAUGGCUUCAGAGUUUAAUAUCCGUGGAUAUCCAACCAUAAAACUAUUUAAAGGAGACCUGUCUUUUGACUACAAAGGACCAAGAACAAAGGACGCUAUUAUUGAAUAUACCAAUAGAGUUUCAGGUCCUGUGGUAAGAACUCUCUCCAGUGUUCAGUUGUUCCAGCAUGUUAUGAGUCGUCAUGAUCUUAUCUUCGUUUACAUUGGAGGGGAGUCGCUUCUUAAGAAGGAAUACUAUAAAGCUGCAACUGAGUAUAUUGUCCACACUUAUUUUUUCUCUGCAUCUGAGGAAAUCCUUCCAAAGGCAGUCACUCUGCAGGAUGUUCCCGUUGUUGCUGUGUUCAAAGAUGGCACGUACUACCUCUACAACGAAUUUCUUGAUGGUGAUCUGUCUUCCUGGAUAAAUCGAGAACGUUUUCCCACUUACUUCCAAAUCGAUAGCUUCAGUCUGUACCAAAUGGGAGAACAAAGUAAACUUGUGGCAUUGGCAGUAGUAGAUGAGAAAAAUCCAUCUGAAGAAAGCAUUCGUUACAAAACUAUGAUGGAAAGGCUGUCUACUGAAUACAGAGAUCAUUAUAAAAGUGAUUACCAGUUUGGUUAUAUGGAUGGUAAUGAAUAUAUCAAUGGUUUAAUUAUGGGAGAAGUUGCGAUCCCCUCCAUAAUUGUGCUGAAUAUGACCAUUGAUGGAUACUAUCUACCAGAAAGUGAGAUUGAGACCAUUGAAGAUUUACUUCGCUUUCUCAACAGCGUUCUGGAUGGCAGCACUUCGCUACUUGGAGGAAAUGGGUUUUUGCAGUGCAUUAGGAGAAAUUUCUUUAAAGCGAAGUCUACUUUGGUGUCAAUGUUCCAGACAGCUCCAAUCUUCUCCUGUUUUGUGUGUGGACUGCCUGUGGGCAUUGUUGUAAUGGUUAUCUGGGCUACAUGUACUGCUGUACCAACAAAUGAUGAAAAACCUGAGGAAGGAGCUACAGCCAGUCCUGCUUUGGAUGCACACGGGAAGAAAGCAGCAGAAUUGCAGCCUGGCAGCACAGAAAAAACCUCCGAAGCAAAGAAAGAGGAUUAACAUGGACUGUUUAUUUAGGAUCAUGUUAAUCUGUAACAUCACUGUAUUUAAUACUGCUUUCACCAUUUUUAUAAAUUGUUUUCCCAGUCUGCAUUGUUGAUAUUGGGGUUGGUUUCUUUAUCAAAUAAAAGUUCAAAUAACUUAAUCAACUUAAUUUAUUUUAUUAAGCUUCCAUCAUGUGAAACAAGUCUAUAAAUAUUUUCAAUCAAAUAAAUAAAGCACAAAUGCUA